AUGGCUGAUACUACUACCACCGCCAAAGAUGUGUCAAGUAAAAGUAAAUCUGUGACAGAGGAUAGUAUGACCACGGAAACCACUGUGAGUGAUGAUAAGGCAGCUGAAGAAGGCGUCGACGAUGUGAGUGAAAACACAGAGGUUAGUGUGGUUGAUGAUAGUGUAGCAGACAGCAAUAUUGAGGAGGUUGAAUGUGAAAGUGCUACCAAACCCAUACAAGAGCCAAUUGCCGUGGAAGCGCCACUAGUGAAACGCAGUGCGAACUUCCUAGAGAUAUCAGAUCACCCUAAGGACAAUAGCAAUAUUGAAAGUAGUGUCCAGGUAGCUACAUAUACAGAUGCAGCAAAUCAAGGCAACGAAGAAGCUGUGAAGGCAGGGACUGAUGGAGUCGAAAAGGAAAAUAGUGAGCAAAAGACAGAACUGAUGAAGGAUAGCAACGAAGUAUUUGUGAUGAGAAAGACACUCUGGCGGGACAGCGUGGUUUCGUUUAUGUGCCAGAGCAAGAACGGGCCCUGUCCUCUGCUGGCUUUGU